CCAUGAAGCCAUUAUCAUCUCGGGCACCGAAAUGGCCAGACAAAUCCAGAAAGAGAUACAGCAAGGUGUGGAAUCGUGGAUUGCUCUUGGGAACAGGAGGCCUCACCUCAGUAUCCUUUUAGUCGGAGACAACCCAGCAAGCCACACCUAUGUCAGGAACAAGAUAAAAGCUGCUUCUGCCGUAGGUAUCUGCAGUGAGCUCAUUCUAAAGCCCAAGAAUGUUUCCCAGGAGGAACUUUUGGAUAUCACCGACCAGCUGAACAUGGACCCGAGAGUCAGUGGGAUAUUAGUCCAGCUGCCACUUCCAGACCACGUGGAUGAGAGAACAAUAUGCAAUGGAAUUUCCCCAGAGAAAGACGUGGAUGGAUUUCAUAUUAUCAAUAUUGGAAGACUGUGCCUUGAUCAGCAUUCUCUGAUACCUGCCACUGCCAGUGCUGUUUGGGAAAUAAUAAAACGAGCAGGAAUUGAAACUUUUGGGAAGAAUGUGGUCGUGGUGGGAAGAUCCAAGAACGUGGGCAUGCCAAUCGCCAUGCUGCUGCACACGGAUGGAGGGCACGCGCGUCCUGGAGGUGACGCAACUGUGACAAUAGCUCACAGGUACACUCCCAGAGAACAACUGAAGGUCCACACUCAGCUGGCGGAUAUUAUCAUAGUGGCUGCAGGAAUCCCCAGGCUGAUUACGGCUGACAUGGUUAGAGAAGGCGCAGCAGUAAUUGAUGUGGGUAUCAACUAUAUCCAAGAUGCUAUGACAGGAAAGACAAAACUAGUAGGAGAUGUGGACUUUGAAGCUGUGAAGAAGAAAGCCAGCUUUAUCACUCCUGUCCCGGGAGGGGUGGGGCCCAUGACGGUGGCCAUGCUUCUGAAGAACACACUUCUGGCUGCGAAGAACACUGUCUACUAGAUCAUACGGGAGCACAUAAAACGAAUGCUGCUGAUUAUUUAUUUGUCAACAGGCAAAAUCCUUUCUAUUUUACUACAAAGUUAUUUAUUUCUACAUUGUAUUUAUUUUUUCAUGAGUGGAAUCAUUGUGGAACUGAUUAUUUUCACAACUUUCUGGAUUUCUUGCUAAUAGAUUUUGAGUUUAAAAAAACAAAAACAACAAUCCCAAUGACAACUUUGGUAACAAUUCUUUAUUUUAUGGAUAUUUGAUCAUAAUGUUA